AUGAAGCUAACACUUAGUGCAUUGUCAAUUUUUAUUGCUGUUGUCGGUCUCGUGAGUUUUUUAUUUCUUGUUUUAGCUAUCGGGACUGAUUUUUGGUACAUCAUUGACGCAUCCAAGUGGGAACGAAACUCCUCAAUGUCGCUCAGCUCUCACUCGGGACUAUGGAGAACUUGUGAUUUCCGAAGCAAAUGCUGGCCAUUGGUAAAUCCCUUUGGAAGCGUGAACGGCAACUUCACAGAUUCUGAAAGGCAGCUUCUAAAAAUGCAUGGGACUUUUGUCAUCCUGCUUCCACUCAGUCUAGUUAUGAUGGUCUUUGGGGGAAUGGUUGGCUUCAUCUGUAUUUUGGCCAGAGCAUAUCUCCUGCUGCUUCUUACUGGAGUACUUCUACUGUUCAGUGCACUGAUUACCCUGGCGGGCAUUAGCGUCUAUGUGGCAUACUCGGCUGCUGCCUUUAAGGAAGCCCUCUACAUUAUGAGACAGAACACUCUGGAGGACAUCAGCAUUCACUUUGGCUGGUCCCUGGCCCUUGCUUGGAUCUCAUUUAUUACAGAGCUCUUCACUGCCAUUGCCGUCCUGCUGACUGCCAGAAUUGUGGGUCUGCAGAGACGGCAGCAUCAGGAAAUAUAA